CCGCAAAUGCAUCCUCCAACUGCCCAUGUCGCACAAGGAGCCAGUCCAAAUGGUAGUCUUGUCGCCGCUGAUGGAAUGAGCGGACCGUGGCCAGAAGGAUCCAAGGCGAUACCACAGAAACAGGACCAGAGCCCAGUGCCACCAGGGUCGGCCCAGAGUGUUGGAGACAUGAAAGUCUUGCCCCCUGCGAUGCCGUUAGCGCCCAGUCCGGGUCAUCAAGCCGCGCUCAAUGUCGGGAGUGUACCGGUGAAGAAGAUGCAGCCGUCACCAGAACCGAAGCCCGCAAACACAUCGCUAUUUCCUUCAUCGCAAUCUGAAGCGCUAAGAGCAUCUCCACAGCAGAGUCAACAGCCGCCUCAGUGAGAGCCUGGGUGCGUUGCGAGGAGAAAUGAAGCAUCUUUUCUGGAAUCCGGAUCUGAGUCUGAGUAUAGACUAAUGAACUAUUGAAGAGAUAUUUUGCAUGUUAGAUGAUCAGCAGCGACAGCGACCAGGCUGAUUAGCGAUCGCGUAAUUGCGUUCUUGACGACGCAGUAGGUAGCUGCUCUGAUUUGUGCAGAGUGCAGCAUUGUACGAGCGUGUCUUGGAAGUAGCAAGAGCUUGGAUAUCGUUCGAGUGAGAAUGAACUCCAUUAUAUCG